AACGGAUUCAAUAGCGGCCAUUGGCACACGACUCUGUCGUAUUUCCUGUUGAUGACGUAGUUGGCCACUCCACAGUUUGCAGCGCGGGAAUUGUCGACAGACCUGUGGAGGUUUAGAAAGCUUCAGGAAACAAUAAAAUAAUAAUUAAAAAAUAGUCAUGGAUCCGUCAGAGGUUGAAUUCCUAGCCGAGAAAGAGUUUGUGAAAAUAAUACCCAACUUCAGCCUGAACAUGAUCCAUUUAAUCGGCGGAGAUUUGGGACCUUUUAACCCCGGUCUGCCUGUAGAUGUCCCUGUGUGGCUGGCUCUCAACCUAAAACAGAGACAGAAAUGUAGGAUUAUCCCUCCUGACUGGAUGGAUGUUGAGAAGCUGGAGGAGAUGCGAGAGCUGGAGCGAAGAGAAAACGCCUUCACUCCUGUUCCCAGUCCUUACUACAUGGAGCUCACCAAACUCCUGCUGAACCACGCCUCUGACAACAUUCCUAAAGCAGAUGAAAUCCGCACYCUGGUCAAAGACAUCUGGGACACACGGAUCGCCAAACUCCGCCUGUCUGCUGACAGCUUCAUCAGUCAGCAGGAGGCUCACGCCCAGCUGGACAACCUGACGCUGAUGGAGAUCAACACCGUUCGGGAGUUCCUUCUGGAUUCUCUCAACUGCAUGUACAAGCUGCGCUCCAACCUGCAGCCUGGUUCCAGAAAGGGCCAGUUCACGGACCACUGAUCCAAAACAUGGAGGCCUGCUUGGGCAGCUUUGGACCUUGUCUCUGUAGCUUUGGUAGGCUGGGCUUGAACCAUUGAACCGUGAGGAUGUAUUUACUAACCAGGUCCUGCACUGAAGUGUACCCAGUCUCUUUAAGGCACUUCUUUUGAACAUGAGCAUUUUUUAUAAAGCUCAUGCUUUACAUGGAUGUUUGUGGUACAUGCCUCUGUAAUUUAAACCAAUUAAGGUUCAUGUUUUUAGCAUUUAACAAACCUAAAUAGUCACUGCACACAUCUUGAUCUCCAGUGUUUUGCAGCUUCAGUUUCUUGCAAAUAAACUAUUUUAUUACUUAUCAA